AUGCCGUCAAAUGCUGAGCUGUCACGCGAAGUGCAACAGCUUCGAGCCGAAAUUGUACAGCUUCGUGAAAGUGUCUCUGCCAUCAGCACUUUUUAUGAAGAAAUGAAAAAGAAGCAUGAGCUCACCUCAGCCGAAAACAAGUCUCUUCAAAAAUCAAAUGAUGAACUGGCUGCUAAACUGGCUGACAUGGAACAGCGUUCGCGAAUUAACAACGUUGAGAUAAAGGGUGUGCCAUUAAAAAAGGGGGAGGAUUGCGCCACCAUUCUUCAGAAAAUGGGUGAUGUAAUUGACUGUCCCAUAAAAAAGGAUGAUAUCGACGCUGUGCAUCGCGUGCCAGCAAAAAAGGACACGAACAUAAUCGCGACAUUUUGUUCUCGGGUCAAGAAGGAUGAAUUUUUGCGUAAAGCACGCAGGGCACGUCUAACAACCGAGUCACUCGGUUUUGCUCAGUCACAAGGUGCCAAUGUGUACGUUAAUGACCACCUCACACCCAACAACAAAAGAUUGUUUGCACAAGCGCUCUCACUAAAGAGAGAAAAGCAAUGGAAGUUUCUGUGGGUGGACAAUGGUCGCAUCAAGGUGCGAAAAACUGAGGACAGCCGAGUUCACGUCAUCGCCAGCGUGCAGGACCUCUCAGUAAUGAGAGAGUAG